GCAGGGUCAUGAAGAGGAGGCGGUGGCGGGAGAGCGGAGGAGGCGGAGGGGGCGCGAAACUGCGGUAGCCAGCGCUGGGCUGGUGGCUGUGGCCGUGUGGGAGGGCGAGUGUCCCAACCCUCGGGCAGCGGCCGGGGCUCUGGGCUGAGCGCGGCGUGGAGCCGCCGCUCCCGGCCCCCUGGCUCCGCCAUGUUCCGCCGGGCACGCCUUAGCGUGAAGCCGAAUGUCAGGCCUGGUGUAAGCACCAGGGGCUCCGCCGCUCCCAAUCCCCAGCGUGGACCAGAAACUCCCAGGCCUCCCGAGCCUGCCACCGAGUCAGCUCCGAAGCCAGCGGAACCCACAGAUGUGUCUGCGGUGGAUUCCGGGGGAGCGGAGUCCCAGAAAAAGGUUCCAGGGAGCAGUGAUGAGAAGACUGGUGAUGAAAAUAAUGUUAAAGAGUCCAGCAAAUUGUCCUCUACUGUUUCACAGAGAAGAAAGCGAGUGUCAAGUACUUCUAGUGUUGUGCGGCCUGCUGUCAGUGUUCCUUCACAGAGCCAUCCGUUAUCUACAGUUAAUCACGAUGCUCCACAGCCAAGCCCUGCCCCAGCUAAAGACAGACAGCCAAGCCCUGCUCUAGCUAAAGACAGACAGCCAAGCCCUGCUCCAGCUAAAGACAGCCAGCCAAGCCCUGCUCCAGCUAAAGACAGACAGCCAAGCCGUGCUCCAGCUAAAGACAGACAGCCAAGCCCUGCUCUAGCUAAAGACAAACAGCCAUGUUCAGAUAGAUAUCGAAUAUAUAAAGCCCGGAAACUGAGAGAAAUGUUGAAAGAAGAGUUAAGAAAAGAAAAGAAACAGUGGAAAAACAAAUUUGCCACAAAUGAAAGCCAGGGGCCACCAGACCGUUCAAAAAUGACUAUGAGAGAUUUCAUAUAUUACCUGCCAGAUAACAAUCCAAUGACUUCUUCCUUGGAACAAGAAAAGAAAACUGAGAAAUCCCUGGCUCCCAGCCCAGCAAGAGAUAAACAAGAUAAUCAGAGCACUCAGGAUGCUGAUGACAAUGAAGACGUGGAAGAGGAGGCGGAUGGUGGGCCUCUGCUGGUUCCUCGAGUAAAAGUGGCAGAAGAUGGGUCUAUUAUUUUAGAUGAAGAAAGUUUAACUGUAGAAGUUUUGAGAACAAAAGGCCCCUCUGUUGUUGAGGAAAAUGAUCCUAUAUUUGAACGUGGCUCAACAACUACCUAUUCCAGCUUUCGGAAAAAUUACUACUCAAAACCAUGGUCAAAUAAAGAAACAGAUAUGUUUUUUUUAGCCAUCAGCAUGGUAGGAACUGACUUUUCUAUGAUUGGACAACUUUUUCCUCACAGAGCAAGAAUAGAAAUUAAGAAUAAAUUUAAACGGGAAGAAAAAGCAAAUGGAUGGAGAAUAGACAAAGCAUUCCAGGAAAAACGCCCUUUUGACUUCGAUUUUUUUGCUCAUUUGCUUCAGAAAGUUCUUGCUGAAGAGGAAAAAAGAAAGCAAAAAUCUACUAAAUGUCAGAGUUUAAAGGAAAAGGCCUCCAAACCACAGAAAAACACAAAAGCAAAAAAAGUAACUACUGAAGAAGUCAAUGAUGAUCCAGAUGAGUCUGUAAAUAGUAACGUUUCAGACCCAGAAAGAUCUCAAAAGGAUACCGAGACAGUGGAUGAAGAGGAAUCACCAAGCUCAUCGGGACAGCAUUUAGAACAAGUGAUGGUAGAGCAAGACCAAAGUCAAGAGAAGAGGAGGACCCAAAAUGAAGCUAAGCAACAGGAAGCAACAGCUCUUUCAGGAAAUGUCCUUGUUCAUUCAAGCCCUCCUGAAGCAGAAAUACACAACAAUACAUAUCCUGAGGAAAAUGAAAGUGAGUGCAAUGUGGAAGAGAUACCCUCCUUUACACAAAGCACAGCUGACAUGGCAGGGUUAGCAUCCAGCGAAAAGGUGGAGAUGAGGACGGAGCCCAUCUCGUCCACAUGUGAUCAGCAUGACAUCAUGCCACUAGCAAGUGAGUCCUCAGGGUCACCUGUUGCGGCUGUGCCUGUGUCCGGAGCCGGAGGGGCUGCUUCUAGUGAAGUGACGAGUGCCGAGCAUGCCUGUGCAGAGGGGGGAAGUGCCGGCCCAGACAACAAGUCACCAGAGACUGAACAAGCAGAAAAUGUUAAACCAAAAUCAAGAGGUCGGCUCCAGAGACCUAAGCCUAAUCUGUCCAGGGCAGUUGGGAAGAAAUCAGUUGUUUCACAAGAUAAACAAGAUGAAAGGAGCAAGAAUUCACCGUCAGAAUCUUCAGCUGAAAAGAAUCACAUGGAAAAGGAGAGAAGGAAUGUAUCUGAAAAUUUUGGGACAGAUAAUACAGAAAGAGAGAACUCAGGUGCUGAAACUGUGUCUGAUUUGAGUGAAAAAUCUCAUAUACAGGAAGAUAGUCAACCAAAGGUCUUAAGACCUGCACGACUAAUGAGGAGCCGAAUGCAAAGACCAAAACCAAAUGUAGAGAAAGCUGCAGAAAGAAAAGAAAUUCUCACGUUGCAGGACAAAAUUGGGGCUCAUGUAGAGAAGAGUAAAGUGGAUGAAUCCUGUGUUGAUAGAGAAAAAAAUGAAUCCUGUGUUGGGAUUCCUCAACAAAUGGAAAAGGAGUCAAAUAAAAACUGCCAAUGCGAAGAUACCCUAUCACAGCCUGAAAGAAAGGGUACUUUGGAGCAUGUGCAGUCCGAUGAGCCCAGAGUUCUUAAUGACUGUCCAAGUAUUCAAGAGGGUAAUAAAGCAAAUAAAGUGAAACAAGCCCCAGUUCUAAGGAUUCGAUUUCAGAAACCAAAACCCAAUACAACAAGAAGAAGAGUAUCCUCCAAGGAUGGGGUACCAGAGGAGAUUCCUGAAUCUGGAGAAAUAGCAUCAACUUUGGAAGAAAUUGCAAGACCAGACACGUCGCCGAGGGAAAAGGCACCAGAUGUCGCUAGUCUUAUUGCUACUCCUUCCAUGAAGGAAUUGGACUCAGAUUUAAAAGACACUGGGAGAAAUGACACGUCUUCUAGUAUGAAGAUGUCAGAAAUGACAGGUGUCGCUAUGGAAAUGGAGACAGGUUUGGAAACAGUUGGAAGAGAUACUUCCCCAGGGCAGAUGGGAGCAGAAGUGAUUGACGUCUCCUUGGAAACAGAGACAGGUUUGAAAGCAACUUUAAAUGAGAGUUCUCCUAUGGAGAAGGUGCCAGAGCUAAUUGAUACCACUGAGGAAAUUUACACAAAUUUAGGAGAAACUGGAAGAAAAGAAAUAUUUUUACAGGAAAAUGGCUCCAACGAGGUCAGCCCAGUUAGUGAAAUGGAGACAGGUUUGCAAGAAGCUGGAGAAGAGUUGCCGACAAAAGAGAGGACCCCAGAUAUGACUGAUAGCACUGAAGACAGGGAGGCACAGUCAGAAGACACUGAAAGACUAGAAGCUUCUGCUCCAAUGGAGGAUGCAGAGGAGGCCAAAGCCACAGCAGAAAUGGAGCCACCCCUGGAAGAGAUGAGAAUAGAGACUUCCCAUAGACAACAGGCUUUGGGAGCGCCAGUGGAGCAGAGGGCGGGUGAGGUGCACAUCUGCAGCAGCCUAAGCAGGGAAGAGGCAGAAGUGGAGGUGAGCCCCGCAGAAGAGAGAGACCUGACUUCCUUGAUGGUCGUGGCUCCGGGGGAGAUGACUGCCAUUGAGGAAACAAACGAAGAUUUGAAAGAAACAGAAAGAGAGAGUUCUGUCUCUCAGGAGCGAAGGUCUGGAGAAUUCUGCGUUGGUGAGGAAAUGGUGGCAGAUGUAGAAAAGAUAGAUGCUUCUCCCAGAGAACGUGAAGCAGAGGAUGUCACUUCAGCGCAGCCUAAGACAGAUGUGACCCAGAGCAGGAAGGACGACAGCAGCGCCGGGCCCUCACUGCACGGAAAAAAUAUUAGCAGUAAAGUAUCAGUGCCGCCUACAUUUGUGGAAGAACAAGAACAUGCUGAUGAGGAAGUGUCAAGUCACUUACAUCAUGUGGAGUCUUCCUCACAGGAUUCUGGACACCAUAAAACAGACCAAGGGAUACAACUUCCAGAUGUUCAAGAACAGUUUCCAGAUGCUAACUUAAGCACACAGCCUCCUCAAGAGCUGAAGCCAUUGGAAGUUAAACCAGCUCCUUUUCUGAGAAGUCGCUUCAAAAAACCAAAACCAAACUUGUCAAGAGCAGCUUUAAAGAGGGCACACACAGAAGCAGAACCCUGUGUGCCUGGGAAGAAGUCAGACGCGGACAGGAUGGAGAGCCUCAUACUCCAGCAGGACAGUGAACAAGCUGAGUCUCUCUCUCCUCACCACAAUGUGCCUUCCCUAAUGGCAUCAAGAGAAAAUGACAAACCAGGUCCUGAGGCGGAAGAGGCUGUGAUACCACUGGGCGUACAGACUGAGAAGGAGCCCUCACCACCAAGUUCAUGUGAACCCAAAGAGGGUUCUCAGUUAACACAAAACCAGGAAGAUGACUUAGUUGUUCCUAUUGGAACUCAGAAGAUGAACAUGGACACACGAGAAGCAAAGCAAAGUGCCCAAAUUACUCUGCCUGUGAGGGGUCGAUUUCAGAGACCAAGACCAAAUAUACAAAAGGCCAGACAGAGGCAAAUAGUAGAAAAAGGCGAAGCUGGAGGCAUAGCCAAGAAUGAAGGAACAGAGCUGCAAGAAGAUGAGACUGAAAAAUGUCUGACGAUGGCAAAUCACAUCGAAAGUGAAGUUGAAGUGUCCUCCAGAAUUUCAGAGUGCAGACUGGAUGAAAGUCAAGGCCAUGUGGUUCCUGUAGAAAACCUAAGUAGUAAUAAAACCAGUGUUUCAGAUGAACAGAUGAGGCAUGAAAUUAAACCACAUGUUCCUAGUCCAGCACCAUUGAUAAGAAGGCGGUUCCAAAAGGUUAAACCAAACUUAGGAGGAUCCCUCCGUAAAAGAGAGCAACCAGGUGUAGAAAAAGACGCGACAGAUCCGAGCACAGCACCAAACCCAGAAGAUAAUGUGCUGCAGAAAGGAGAUUUUGACUUACAGCUUUCUCUAAAAGAAAAGACAGAGAUUCUGGCGCCUCUGGAGGUUUCAGCGAGAGAAGAUUGUGUAGGUCCUGAAGAGCCGGGUUCUGCCAGAAAGGAUACUGCACUGAGAGCUGGACCGUCAGGAGGUGCUCGGGAUGAGAUUGCAGACGACCGUCCUGCAUCUUCUUCAGGACUUGAAGAACAGGGUCUCAGUAAACAAAUUAGCAGUCCACAACUAUUGAAAGAAUCAAAUCAUUCCAAAACUUCUCCGCACCGAAGAACAACCAUCUCCUCUGCCUCUGAGUGUGAGACAGAUCAACCUGGGAAAAGAACACAUAGGAAGAUGAAACCGGCCAUGACCAAAGGGCGUGCAUCAAAACGACUUCGAGGUAAGACUGCUAAGAAGGAGCCUCGAGCCUCCAAGUCCACACUGGUGACUCUUCGGGCUUCUCAGAAAGAGGAUGAAGAUGAUGCUGAGGACUUCGCCUCUGACUAUGAGGAGGAAACCUGUCAUCUUGCCCCAGAAGAGUUAAACAAAGCACCAGUGUUUGUACCUGUUGGUCUCAGAUCCCCUGAACCCGUUUCUGCUCAGAUCGAGGAAACAAUGGAAGAGCUUGAGAUCACCAUGAACGUUGCAGACAUAGGAUGUGCAACUGUUGUUGAACAUAAAGUUUCAAACAUGGAUGCGACAACUCAGGAUGUGCAGCCAGAAAAAGUUCUGCAUCCAUCGUUUGAAAUGGUCAUAGGUGAACAGACCCAAGAAGAACCAGGUCUCAGUGAUGGAAGCACUGAAGCCGCCAUAACUUUACUGACAAUGGGAGAUAUAGUAUUGCAGUCAGAGGGCACCACUGAACAACAUGAUGUAGGAGUAUGUGUAUUUCCUGAUGUUCAUUCAAAGGAUAAAAGUCAUGUUCCUUUUAGCCCAGAUAAUGUAAAUCACAAAAUUGUUCACGAAUAUCAGGAAGUUUCUUCACCUGUCAUUAGUAUGUCACCUGCAUCAUUUGAGGAAAGCAAGAUAGUAUCAAAGGAACAAAGUACUAGAGAAGAGGCUGAUGUGGUGGAAGAAGUGAUGGCGGACACUCUGGCAACCAGGAAUGCAGCUUCUACAAUGACUGCACAUCUGAGCGUGGAGAGUGAGUUUGUUACACCUGUUACACCUAAGCCAAGUUCUGAGGAGAUUUUAGAGCUCAGUGGACUUGACGGUCAUCAGGAAGUUGCCAGUUUUUGCAUAACCAAAGGGACAGAAGUGGAAAUUCAAAGAAAAACUGAGGAAAAUGAUUCCAAAGCAGUAGAAGUAGAAGAUAAAAGCCUUGAGCCAAUUAUAACAGCGGAGGCUGAGGAGCAGAACCAGUUGCCCUGUGUACAUGAUGCUGAAGGGACCAGUGGUUCUCCAGAAGCAGUCCUAAGUGCAAGAAAUGAAGAUCAUGAGGAGAGCUUGCCGGAGGCUCAGCAGCCAGGCACUGCGAUUGCUUCCUCUGGGGCAGGGCUCCCCACACUCGAUUCAGGCCCGGGUCUUGGUGAGAGUCCUGCUGAAGAACCCCUCAAAGACAACCCUAAAGGCAGCGGCGUGCUCAUGCCUCCUGUCCCAGAGAGUGUACCAUCUACUAUUCCAGAGGUUCAACAAGAACAUAUGAUCAAUCCUCAAGACGGAGCAGUGAAUCUAUUUGCUAGUCUACAGCAAGAUGGAGAAGAUGAACAAGCAUUCAUUUUAACUUUGGUGGAAAUCCCAACUGCCACCACAGAAGGCUUUACUGAUGCCUCCAUGCAGCUAAUGCCAAGCUCUCUGCUGCCUGCACCUAUAUUGGUCAGAUCUGGGAAUACAGUAGAAACAAAUGACCUGAGGAGUUUACAAGCAACUUCCAUUGUUGAAGAUGCCCCGUGUGCAUCACCUUCUGGAAGUGGUGAUUCUGAGCAGCCUUCUGCUAGUUUGGAUCUUACAUCUAGGAAGAGAUUUCGCUGCAGUCCUGAUGAAAGCAUUCAUGUUCCUCCUGCCAAAAAGUCCUCACUUACUCCAGGAGUUGAUCGUCAAGAAUGUGCCUCCGAGGUAUGUUCAAAGGAAUUAAAUGUUUUUGAGAAAACAGAGGAGUCUUGCAUAGGACAAGACAUUUCCCCUACCUCAGAGAACACACACACAACCUCAGAACCUCAAAAGGAACACAGUGAACCAACUUUUCAGGAAACGGAAUCAUCAGGAUCACUUGAUGCAAUAGGAAUGACCAUGGCUCAACUGCCUCAGGACGAGGUGGUGUCUGAUAAAGAAGCGAAAACUGAUCCUGCUUCCAAUUCUGCACAAAGGGGCAGCAUGGCGUCAUCUUCGAAACCCCCUCUGACCAGACCUGGAAGAAGACCUUUGGGAUUUUUAUCUUUAAUAUGUCCAAAAAAUAGUUUAGAAUCUGACGAAGUGACUCAAACCCAUAGUAAGAAGCGCCUUAAGCCUCAAAUACCUAUAUCACGACGGAAUUUGAAAAAAUCUAAUCCACUUAAUGCCAGCCAGAAAAAAAGUCCUGAAUCUUCUGCUCCUCUCUCGUCACCAUGUGUUACUGAAGCGCAGUCGGAUAGUGCUGGGAGUUCAGCAGCAGCUCAGGUUUCUUCUGAUCAGCCAUUGCAAAAAGAAAAAUGUAAAAAUGGGCCAAAACGAGCAUCGGAAGAGGAGGUGACCACAGUCUCAGAGUUUGUCAUCGAUAACAUCUUCAUUGAAGUGAAUGAGACAGAAUAAGGCACUCUGGGUUUUUCCUUUCUUCCUUUUUUUCUUUCUAUUUUUGUAAUGAGUUUGAAAUUUCCAGAGCAGUGUUUAGAAAAACACCACUGCCUGUUUUUAUUUAGGUCAAUUUUGAAUAUUUAUUGAGCUUAAUUUGAAGUUUUUAUAAUCAGUGGAAAGUAUUUCAUUCUUAUUGACCCUGCAUUUUGGAAAUCCCAAGCAAUUAAGACUGUUCUCUGUGCUGACAGACAUCGUAACUUGUUUACACUUGACUAGUCCUGUGCUGAGCACAUCUGGACUGGGGACUGUGUGGAUACACAUCUGCAGAAAUCACAGUGCUGACGUGCUUCGUGUCU